CUCACCCUCAGCACCUUGGACAAUACGAGUAACAUCAACAUCCAAGUCCAACAUGACAGCCAAGCCCAAAGAAGCCCCUUAUGGCCGGUGGAAGAGUCGCAUCAGCGUUGAGCAUGCCACUAUGGGCAAUCGGGAGCUGAAACACCCACGAGCUUGUCCCCGAUCCAAGCGCUUCUUCUGCCUCUCGGCCAAACGCAACGGCUCCAACCAGAUCUGCGAGCUCGUGCCCCAGGGCCCCUUUCGCGAGCUGAAGCUCCUGGCACCCAGCCACAACUGCGACUCGCUCAUCUACGAGUAUGGGGGCUUGCCGUAUGCACUGGUCGCCGCCGACGAGGAUGGCGGCGGCCACGGCCUGCGCAUCGUCUUCUCGGACACGCAAGACCAGUCGUGCAAGCUGCUGGACGUGGACUCGGGCGACGUCCGCACCCUCAUCAAGAGCGCGACGCUGCGCUUCGGCGACUUCGACCCGCACCCGACCCCCGGCUCGGCCUGGGUGCUGUGCCAGGAGGAGGACCACGGCGGCGUCGAGGCCGGGGAGGAAGUGCGCAACUACGUCUCCGUCAUCGACAUCCACUCCGGCGCCGUGAGGCGCCUGGCGACGGGCGCCGACUUCUACUCGUACCCACGCUUCAGCCCGGACGGGGCCAAGGUCUGUUGGCGCGAGUGGGACCACCCGAACCUGCCGUUCCUUAACGUCCGGCUCCGCUGGGCCGACUUUUGCGAGGACGCCGAGGGCGGCGGCGCAGAGUUGAGGGGCGUAGAGACGGUGGCAGGCGACGGCGGCCAGAGCGUGGCCGAGUUGCGCUGGGCCCCCGACGGCACGCUGUUCUACACGCAGGAGUUGGAGGGCAUGGACUACCGCCAGCUCUGCACCGUCCGCCCGGGGCAGGGCGUCUCUACCGCGCAGAGAGAGCGACACUUUAAGCUGGACGGCCUCGAGGAGGCUGAGUUUGGCGACGCCUCCUGGUAUUAUGGGUGCCAGACGUUCGUCUUUCUCUCGGAAACGGCCAUGAUCGCGUCCUACACCAAGUUUGGAACCAGCCACCUCGUCCACGUGGACAUCCCGUCGCGGAAAUGGACGCCCCUCGACAUCAACCUGCACGAGCUGCGCUUCGACCCGCUCGCGCCCGUCGACGCCUCGACCUUUAUCGUCCGCGGCAGCGGCCACACCGAGCCGUCGGCCCUCUACCGCGUCUCGCUCUCCCCGACACUGGAGCCGACCUCGUCCUGCAUGUACAGCUCCGUCAUGGAGCACAUGCCCCGGGAGGUCUUCUCGACCCCGCGCCACGUCCAGCUCACAACCAAAGGCGCCCCCGUCCGCCCUGUGCACGGCUUCUUCUGGCCACCGCACAGCGACGGCGACCACGUCGCGCCCGCGGGCACCCUGCCCCCGCUCAUCGUCGUCUCGCACGGCGGGCCCACGGGCCACACAACGCCCGGCUUGGACAUGGGCGGCGUACAGUACUGGACCUCGCGCGGCUUCGCCGUCUUCGCCAUCAACUACACGGGCUCGUCGGGCGGCCACGGCCGCGCCUACCGCGAGCGCCUGUUCGGCGGCGGCUGGGGCGUGCUCGACCGCGACGACGUGCCCGAGGCCGUGGCUUAUCUCGCGGAGCAGGGCUUGGUCGACGGCUCCCGCGUCGGCAUCCAGGGCGGCAGCGCCGGCGGCUACCUGGUGCUGCAGAGCAUGGUGUGGCACUCGGCCGUGUUCGCCGGCGGCGUCUGCCACUGUGGCGUUUCCGACAUCAAGGGCCUCGUGGUUGGCACGCACAAGCUGGAGAGCAGGUACAUGGACCUGCUGCUGCUCGAGGAGGGGAGGGAGUGGACGGCCGAGGACAAGGAGGCGCGGUUCCGCGACCGGUCGCCGCUGUUCCGGGCCGAGCGCAUCACGGCGCCGCUACUGCUAGUGCACGGCGACCGGGACACCAUCGUGCCCAUCGAGCAGUCCAUGGAGAUCCGGGACAAGAUCCGCGACAGGGGGGGCGGCGGGGACGUCAGGCUGGUGGUCCUGCCCGGAGAGGGGCACAUCUUCAAGAAGCCGCAGAGCCAGAUGCUGGCCCUGGAAGAGGAGCUGGCGUGGUGGGAGAAGACGCUUCUUGCGGAUGAGUGAAUGUGUACGUAUAUAUGUCAAGCAUUGGCUGGUGCUAUAUCUAAUAUAUAUAUAUAUAUAUAUAUAUAUAUAUCAGUAUAUAUGUGUGGACAAAUUCACUAUAAACAAGAAACAAGAAACAGCUACC